CAAAAAAUUUAAAGAAUUACAUUAUUCCACACGCGGAAGCGAACAACUACAAUUCCCCAAUUCGCUUCCUUGCGUGCGAUUUGAUCUCGUCCAAGGUUCCGCGGCCGCCGAAUUCGAUGGCAGCCAACGCCGGCAACAAGAUCCGCAACGCCAAAGUGGUUCUUCUUGGUGAUGUGGGUGCUGGCAAAUCCAGCUUGGUUCUUCGGUUUGUAAAAGGACAGUUUGUUGAAUUCCAGGAGUCGACAAUUGGUGCGGCUUUCUUCUCACAAACCUUGGCGGUUAGUGACGAGACUGUGAAGUUUGAAAUCUGGGAUACCGCUGGGCAGGAGAGGUAUCAUAGCUUGGCCCCCAUGUACUAUAGGGGUGCCGCUGCUGCGAUAGUUGUCUAUGACAUCUCAAAUCAGGCAUCCUUCAUACGUGCGAAGAAAUGGGUUCAAGAACUUCAGGCUCAAGGAAACCCAAAUACAGUAGUUGCUCUUGCUGGCAACAAAGCCGAUUUGCUAGAGACAAGGCAGGUUCAAAUAGAGGAAGCUAAGACAUAUGCUCAGGAGAAUGGCCUCUUCUUCAUGGAAACAUCUGCUAAAACUGCAACCAAUGUGAAUGACAUAUUUUAUGAGAUUGCAAAGAGAUUGCUUCAAGGGCAACCGGCUCAGAACCCGCAGGCAGGGAUGGUUCUCUCCCAGAGACCCAAUGAGAGAGUGGUCAGCUCUGCUUCGUGCUGCUCCUGAAGCAUAGUCUCAACCUCAUAUGUUCGUGUGAAAUCUAGGAGCGGAAUUUCGGCAAAAAAAAAUCCUGAAAGGCCAUCGAUUGGGCUGCCUUCAUGGCUGAUCUGAUACACUCUGAGAGCUUUUCUCUUCAUUUUCUUUCAUGCGUUUGUGAUGUAAAUGCCCAUGCUAGAAUGCUACUGCAGAGAUUCGCAAGGAUUAAUGAAGUGUAAACAUUUGCUGGUCCCUACGUUGAGUUUUCAGAUUUGCAUGCUAGCAGAGAUGCAAACUGUGGUUACUGUACAGAAGUACUCUCGCUCCAUUCAUAAUAUAAGAUGUUCUAACUUUGUUCUAUUCAAA